ACCAAUCACGUUUUCAGAGGCGCGCAAAGCACGACGGGGAGUUUUUAUUGCAAAUCUUAACUUCGCAUAUGCGAGGAUCUCGACUUUUUACACCAUUACUACAUUUUAACAAUCUAAAUUUUUCCUCAAUUAAAAAGCAGUAUAGUUGCAUCUAUCUAGCAGCCUGUCUUGCAACAUUUCAGUGAAACUGAGUUAUUGCUCUGAAAGCUUUAAUUUCGUUUGCUAGUUAGCAUAGCCAUUGUUUAUCCGCAUAUUGGCUCUCCUCACUUCAGUAGCGCUACCAAUGGGUACUGCAUAGUGCGCUAAUCUGCUGUUUGCUCAGCAUAUUGUGUUCAAAUUUUAAAGGGCAUUUGCAUUUAUUAAUUUUACCGAGGGAGUAUUCCACAAAUCAGGUUGGAAGUAAACACGAACGAAUAUGACUUCAGCCUCUGCAAAAGUUGGAGAGAUCUUCUCCGCGGCAGGUGCUGCCUUCUCUAAACUGGGUGAGCUUACUAUGCAGCUACACCCAGUGUCCGAUUCUAGUCCUGCAGGAGCCAAAUGGACAGAAACGGAGAUAGAGAUGCUUCGUGCAGCUGUGAGACGUUUUGGCGAUGACCUAAACAACAUCAGUUCAGUUAUAAAGGAGCGUACAGUUGCCCAAAUUAAGACCACAGUGAAAAGGAAACUAUAUGAAGACAGUAGAGUUCCUCUCUCACCUGAAUCUCCUAAAAAGACGGUGAAGAAAACUGUGGCUUUGGCUGCUGCCCCUGCUCCAGUGGCUCCCACCGUCAUCACCGUGCCAACCUCACAGGUUGUCGUGACCACGGGCCUCCAAAGUCAGUCCCCCAUGCCACCCGCAAUCAAAAAGCAGAAAACGGCAGAUGUUACUUUGAGUGCUCUGAAUGACUCGGACGUGAACAGUGACUUGGUGGACAUCGAAGGUCUUGGAGAGGGUUCCACCAAGAAGUUAAACUUUGAUCAAGAGAGCCUGAAUCUGGACUCGAGUUUGAUUAUGAAUUCCAGUGAUCUGCCCCUGCUUUCACGCUGACUCCACCAAACCUUCAUUCGACUCCCAAGCAUAGAAGACCGUCAGGAGUGCUGGGCUUGACGGAAGUCAAGUACCGUUACUCAUAUUUUGUACAGUACUGUGUCUUUUUCAGAUUGUUAGAUGUGUUUUUUAGUUAUAGUCCCUUUGAGAGAGAAAAAUGCACUCACCAAAAUAAAUGUCUCAUUCAGGG